GACUAGGAACGGAAAUGUAUAGUUCUGCUGAUAGGCGGAACUAUGUGUGUGUUGCUCUCACCACCGGAAAUCACACUUAACUGGUAACACCGGUGUCCCGUGCUCAUACGAGCUACCGCCGAAUCAUGCCGAAGUUUUACUGUGAUUACUGUGACACCUACCUUACACACGAUUCGCCGUCGGUGAGGAAAACCCACUGCAGUGGCCGUAAACACAAGGAAAAUGUCAAAGACUACUAUCAGAAAUGGAUGGAGGAGCAAGCUCAAAGUCUGAUCGAUAAAACAACGGCAGCGUUUCAACAAGGAAAGAUCCCACCUACCCCUUUCCCUGGUGGACCUCCACCUCCUGGUGGUCCUCCUCGUCCAGGCAUGCUACCAACGCCCCCUAUGGGAGGUCCUCCAAUGAUGCCAAUGAUGGGGCCUCCACCACAUGGAAUGAUGCCUGGACCAGGACCAGGCAUGAGGCCACCAAUGGGGGGACCUAUGCAGAUGAUGCCUGGACCACCACACAUGAUGCGUCAUCCUCGGCCAAUGAUGAUGCCAGUCAGGCCUGGCAUGAUGCGUCCCGACAGAUAAGACCGCCUUCAUUUUCUAUGUCUUCAGUUGUUUUGAAAAGUUACAGUCUGGCCCAGAUUCUCUAUUCAACGAUCGGAUUUGUCCACAUGACAUUUUUAGUGUACUUUAUUCAGCCAUUAAAUUUAAAUUCCAGGAGUAACUCCCUCUUUUUUUUGUACAUUUACAUAAUUUUCUGUUUACUCCUCGGUAUUUAUUACAAUUUCAUUACAUGAUGAUUUUAGUCCUGUUAAACAAACACACACAUACUUUGUGUUUGUGUCAAGAUCAAGACAUCUUGAAAUACUGUUGACCAUAUGUUUGAAGAUCUUUUUUUCACAUGUCAUUGUUUGUGGCAAUAUUUGUCUUUGUUUUAGAUUUCACAUGUUUUUUAACUGCUUUGAGAAAUAAAACAACAAAUCCAUAA